UCAUGUUUAGAACAAAGUAAGGUCUACACUGACAUGAUAAUAAAAUAAAACUAGGACACAAGACAUGUUCUUCAAAUAUCAUAAUGCCCUUUUGGGUUUUGUGUCCUUUAUUCGUCAGAAACGGUAGGGUUUAUCACACAGACGAAUAUGUUCAUUAAUCUUCUGAUGAAUGUUUUUUUGUUUAAUGUGUAGGCCUAAUCAUUCGCCUUUAAUAUGCUAUUUUAACAGAUAGUUGACCCAAAAGUCGUCAUUUACUUGGUCUCAUGUCAUUCCAAACCUGAAUGACUUUCUUUCCUCUAUGUAACACAAAAGAAGAUAGUUUGAAAAAUGUCUCUGUUUUUAUCUCUUUUUCUUUUGCCCAUGCAAUGAAAGUCAGUAGUAGAGUUGUUUUGUUCCACUAUUCCUUCAAGUCAAAUAAUAUGCCAGUGAAGGAGAAUAUAGACCAUAGUACAUCAUAGAAAAAAAAAACUUUUGCUUUGAGUUGGAGUGUGCUUACUUAACCUUGUGACAUCACUGAUCUAUAAUUAGCUUUUUAGGCAGUUUGAGUCAUUCUGCAAAAUAUGUGAGCCAUGCCGUUAAGCUUAAAUUCGACUUUACAAAACCAAAUAACAGAGCAUACUUUUUUAGCUCAUGAUAACUGUACUUUGGGUAAAAAAAAAAAUUGUGUUAUGUCACCAGAAAAACACAGAGCCCUUUGUGAAGAGUUACACUUUUAUAACACCAUGCCAAAAUAGCUUGUCAGUUUAGGCUAAUCUCUCAAUGUAAGCUUUUCUUCUCAUAAACCUGAAUUAGUUCCCCUGGCUUUUCCUAGUCUUUUGCAGCUCAUAUAAGAGCUUGGUUGAUAGUGAUGAAAUUUGUAUUUCAGCAACACACUAUACAGACAUGACUGGCAUUUUGAAGAAAUUUUACCAUAUUGUUGCUUUCUGCUGGUAUGCCUUUGUUAUUCAGUCUAUUUAUGCAAAAGGUGAUUCAGAACUGCCACCGGGGAUCUUUGUGUAUGGCGGACCCUGGAAAUACCUAACUUUUUUAAACCUGGUCUUACAAAUGGUGUUUUUUGGACUGGCAUCUGUGAAUGACCUUCAGCCUGUGGGAAAAGGCUCAAAAACAUCAUUUCUCUGCCUCUGCAAGGAUUUGCUCUUUUCCGUCUUUGUGUUUCCAGUGGGAAUGUUUGUAGUUCUGCUGUUUUGGCUGAUUUUUGCCUAUGACCGACAGCUAGUCUAUCCAGCUUCAAUUGACAGCUUCUUCCCUCAAUGGUUGAAUCAUUCUAUGCACACUAUUGUUCUCCCAAUCUUGUUUGGUGAGAUCCUGUUGGAGCCACAUAUCUACCCGAAAACUAGAAAUGGUUUAGCAGCUUUGGGAUUUGUUGGUCUGGCUUACUUAGGAUGGAUUGUUUGGGUGUAUCUAACAGUGGGAAUCUGGGUUUACCCUAUAUUGGGGCUGUUCAGCAGCUCAGGAUUGACCAUCUUCUUCUUUCAUAACAUGCUUGUUGUGUCGUUGCUGUUCUUACUGGGCCAAACUCUGAACAAUAAAGUUUGGGGGAAAGAACUUCAUAGACGUACAAGAACAUGAUGAGUCAGAAGGAAGUCAAGACUAAAACAUGACACAUAAUUCCUUAUAAACUUGUUUCAGGCCUAUGAAUCUCUGGAAUGAACCAGCUCCAAGUGGUUUGAAUGAUGUCUGCUGUUGCAUUAUCAGUUUUGUAUAUUUUGUAUAUGACCAUUCAUUUUCUGCUAAUGCAAAUUUGACACUAGUGUGCAUCUGUGAUAUAUGUCAUACACAUUUCUGUGAACUGGGAAAAAAUAAUAAAGCUGGUGUCUUAAAACAUUUAUUGAGCAAGUUAUUUAACAAAAUCAAAAACAAAAUCUUCUUUCUAAAUUGGUUUUGGGUGACUAUGGCAUAUGUUCUGUACAUUUCACAUAAGAAUAUUUUUAAAGGGAUAGUUCAACCAAAAAUGACAAUUCUGUCGUCACCUCACCCUCAUGUUGUUCCAAUCCUGUAUGAAUUUCUUUCUCUUGAACAAAAAAGAAGAUAGUAUGAAGAUUAUUGGUAAUCAAACAGUGGACGGUAGCCAUUAACUUCCAUAGUAUGGAAAAAAAAUACAAUUGAAGUCAAUGGCUUGUCAACUCUCAGGUCACCAGCAUUCUUUAAAAAUCUUCUUUUGUGUUCAACAGAACUCAUACAGGCUUGGAACAACACAAGGGUGAAAAAAUGGUCGGUCCCUUUAAAGCUUGCUGAUCAUCCCAGAUAAAAACAUAUUGAUAAUCCAUAAUGCAAUAAUUCUCUAAAGAGAAUGUGUGUUCUUUUUUAGGCCAAUUCACACAGCACUGACAGACGCACAACAACGUCGACAGUCACCAGAUAACACCACGUCACUUCUCAGACAUUCUAAUUCGAAUCGUCAACAUAU